GGGCCCUAACCCUGACCCUGUGGUGCCCCCUUUCAGACGAGGUGCGCUCCGGGACGUACCGCCAGCUGUUCCACCCCGAGCAGCUGAUCACCGGCAGGGAGGACGCCGCCAACAACUACGCCCGCGGCCACUACACCGUCGGCAAGGAGAUCAUCGACCUGGUGCUGGACCGCACCCGCAGGCUGGCGGACCAGUGCACCGGCCUGCAGGGCUUCCUGGUCUUCCACAGCUUCGGCGGCGGGACCGGCUCCGGCUUCACGUCCCUGCUGAUGGAGCGCCUGUCCGUGGACUACGGCAAGAAGUCCAAGCUGGAGUUCUCGGUGUACCCGGCCCCCCAGGUGUCCACGGCCGUGGUGGAGCCGUACAACGCCAUCCUGACCACCCACACCACGCUGGAGCACUCGGACUGCUCCUUCAUGGUGGACAACGAGGCCAUCUACGACAUCUGCCGCCGGAACCUGGACAUCGAGCGCCCGUCCUACACCAACCUGAACCGGCUCAUCGGCCAGAUCGUGUCCUCGGUCACGGCGUCCCUGCGCUUCGACGGCGCCCUCAACGUGGACCUGACGGAGUUCCAGACCAACCUGGUCCCGUAUCCCCGGAUCCACUUCCCGCUGGCGACCUACGCGCCGGUGAUCUCGGCCGAGAAGGCGUACCACGAGCAGCUCUCGGUGUCGGAGAUCACCAACGCCUGCUUCGAGCCGGCCAACCAGCUGGUGAAGUGCGACCCCCGCCACGGCAAGUACAUGGCGUGCUGCCUUCUGUACCGCGGCGACGUGGUGCCCAAGGACGUCAACGCCGCCAUCGCCGCCAUCAAGACCAAGCGCUCCAUCCAGUUCGUGGACUGGUGCCCCACGGGCUUCAAGGUGGGCAUCAACUACCAGGCGCCCACCGUGGUCCCCGGCGGCGACCUGGCCAAGGUGCAGCGGGCCGUGUGCAUGCUGAGCAACACCACCGCCAUCGCCGAGGCGUGGGCGCGCCUCGACCACAAGUUCGACCUGAUGUACGCCAAGCGGGCCUUCGUCCACUGGUACGUGGGCGAGGGGAUGGAGGAGGGCGAGUUCUCCGAGGCCCGGGAGGACAUGGCGGCGCUGGAGAAGGACUACGAGGAGGUCGGCGCCGACAGCGUGGGCGACGACCACGGAGACGAAUAUUAA